AUGGCCGCUCAGGCAGGAAGAUUUUUCGUUUUAGACGAACCAGUUCCAUCUGGUGAAAUUGAAAGUUUCAUGGGAAGACUUGUUACAUGCGUUACUUCGCCUCUCCUGAAUUACGCGCCAUCCAACUACCCCGGUGUGCCAGACCACAAUACCAACGACAUCAUCCCUUCUAUUCUACCAACGCCAUCCAUUUCUACCUCUAACGGAGAAGAAGCAACUGUUUUCGCAAAAAAGGGCAUAUUCGUCAAGCUUUCAUCAAUAUUCAACAUUGAAAUUGGCAACAAUCGCGGCGAGACACGGAGGCUUGAGUGCCGUGUUGCGAAGCGCUAUAGACUCCCAAACGCCGACCAACAUUUCAAACAAUUGAUGAGCAAUCAGCAUUAUGCUAAAGAUGCCCAGGCGCUACUGGCACAAUCAUCAUCUAAAGAAGCCUACUUCAUCACCGGUUUUCUUACAGCAACGGAUGCUACUUGGACUAUAGAGGCGGCGGAGAGCAAAGGCGCCGAUGCAGCCCUUGGCGUUUCGCCAGUUAGUGCAGCAGCUGGUGGAGUUUCUGUACCGGGGCUGCCGUAUGUUAGCUUUGGAGCAAAUGGCUCCCGAGGCUUCGGGCGAAGCGGUCAGAGACAUGUCGCCGAGGAGGAAAUCAUUGCAGUUUCGUACUCUGUCGUCAGGAACUCAUCUAAGCUGGACUACUCAUCCAUGAGUAUCCGUCAAUCUCUUUUCAUUGGUCUGCCCAAGCGUGCAAAGAGCCACCACCUGACCAUGGGUCCAAAGGAUGAUCAAGAGGAGGAGUUUGAUUGGGACUCGGAAGAUGAAGAUUCUGAUGUCAAAGCAUUGGAAAAUGUGGCAGCCAAUGAAAAAAGGCAAGACCAAGAGCAUAUCGAAAUAUCUACCAAGCUCAUCGAGGGUGGUGAGGGAGAUUUGUAUAUAAUCAUCGUAUAG